UACUAUGGUAUUAGCUGAAUGAUUUGCAUUAUCUCUCUCACUUCAAACUUGUCUCAUUCUGUUUUUUAUAUUCCUCUGCUCAUCAAUUUCUGAUCUAAAUUUAUAAUUCUGAACUUUUAUUUUGUUCUUGUAUCCGUCCUGCAAUUUCAAUCUUCCUGCCUAAAAAAAGUCAUUCUUUUUUCUCUGAUAACCAUCUAACAUUACUAAUAAUGGAUCCAUUUCAUUACAAACAAAGUUAGUAAUGAAUUUUUGUUACAUCAUCCCAUCUUCAUGAUUUUUCAUUGUGUUACUUUCCUCGCCACGGUUAUUUGUUAUUUUUUGUUUCUCAUUUCAUUCUACUUCACUACUCUUGUUGUCUAUUGACAGUGUUAUCCCAAGUCAUUUGACAUCCGUGUAGAUAUUAGGUGAAAAUCUGAGAGUAAAAGAGUGAGUUAGGAACUGACGUUAACGGGAAAUAGUGUUGAAGAUGAGAAAAUCAAAAUCAAAAAGUACAAAAGCAUCUCUAAAAUCAGCUGAUAAAUCCAAGCCACCACCUAAAAAACCACCACCACAAGCCCCUUCACAAGACUCUGGAGGAGAUAUUAGUGCACCAAGACUGCCACCUAAACCUAAACGGGAGCAAGCAAGGGCUAUUUAUGAUUAUAAAGCGCAAAAUGAUGAUGAACUUACAAUUAAAAAAGGAGACAUUAUUAUUAUUUUAAGUAAAGGUGUGGAAGAUGAAGGUUGGUGGAAAGGAGAACUCAAUGGUAAAAUUGGUGUUUUUCCGGACAAUUAUAUCGAGGUUAUCAAAUCACAACCAAUGGACGAAGUUAUUUUAUCACUGAGGACAAAAAAACCGGAAAGAUUAAAUGAGAAGCCACCUCCUUCUUCUACUGGAUCACCAGGAGGCGGAAUUGGUUCAACCAAUCCAACCGGUUCUCAAUCUAAAUUAAAUAGCGAGGUUGUGAGGAACAAUAAUAAUCUUAAGAGUACUCAACAACAACAAAUAGUCACCACCGCCAAUACAUCGACCAGCAGUAGUAUAACAACUAAUACUACAUCAAAUACUAGUACCAGCUUAACGCCAACUAGCGCCAUAAAUCCAUUGACUUCUUUAUCAAAAGAUGAAGAAGAAAAUUUGAGUUUCCUCUCACCUAUUGUUCCAACUAAAAAAUCCAAAUUUCGAGCUCCCGGUUCAAUUCCAGUUACUAAUUUGAUUAAAUCCAGUAUACUUGGUGGCUCAAAACCAGACGUUGUAACUUCCCAUGACACUUCAACCUCUGCAAAUAAAUUAGAAUCUAGUAAUAAAGAAAGUAAAAGUGUGCCUGAUGGCAGACCAGAUUCCUUGUUAAGUGAAAAUGAAAAUAAUUUUGGAUCAUUGGAAGUCACCAAAAGGCUCAAUCAUCCUACUGCCAAUCGAGUUAAAGGGCCUAAUCGUAGGCCACCGUCAAUGAUUGUUUUAACAAAAGAAGGUGACACUGAGGAUGACUUGGAAAUUUUUGAUGAAGCUAAAGUAGAAAGUAAACAGCAAGCACCUUUAUUAAAUGCAACCACAGCAUCAGUGGCAGCCUCAAAUGAUACGACAGAGAAAAGUCCUGCAGUGCCACCAUGGAUGAAAGAAUUGAAACGAAGUCAAGCUGAAAGGCGUUUCAAGACAGAUACCACUGCUCCCGUUGGAGAGGAAACUCAUGGUGCCAAUCAAGCGACACCUUUAUCUCCUACUAAAUCUAAUCCAUCUCGAUCAAUUUCACUUCCAAUGGAAAUAAAUGAAACCAACAGUUCAUCGACAACAACCUGUCCUUCAUCAUCUCCUUCAACGAUAAGUUCAUCAUUGCCUAGUAAACCUUUGAAAGCGGUAAAACCUUCCGGACCAGUGUCUUCUUCUCCAAGCUCAAAUUCAUCUUCCACUCCACCACCACCCAAAAGCUCCAGUAUUGGUAAUAUUGGCAUUAAAUCUGCUGAUUCUAGUGUGUCAUUCAGCAAGGGCGUCUCUGAUUUUUCUGAUAUUCAAACUGAACUGAGUAAUUUGAAAAAAUCAAUGGUACCUCGCAAAGAUUAUGAGGAUUUGGUUAAAAAGGUAAAUGAACUGACUGACAUGGUUGAGACGGUGAAGGAGUCCUACGGAUCUGUAGUUAGAGACUUAAUCAAUCAAGUUGCUGAAGCAAGGAAGAAUAUGGCCACAUUGGAAAUUGAGGUUGAUAGGCUCAGGAAACUUUCAACAACAGUAUAGUGAACAUGUAACUUCAUAGGUUCAGUAGGAGAGGAAAGUGGUGAAAAUAAUAAGAAAGAAGAAGAAAAAAAUGAAAAGCUUUCUAAAAAAACAUGUUCGCUCGAUUUCACACAAUUACAAACAUCACAUACAAAAAGCACAUCUAUCAACAAAUUAACUCGAUAAUUUUUGCCACUUUGUCCCUUUGACGGAUUAACUAACUAUAAUCAACGCUUAAAACACCAAGAGCAUCAACUUGAACAUUUAUACACAAAUGACAAAACAAGGGAGAUGUUUGGUAUUAGAAGCGCUUCAAAGUUCAACACGAAAAACCUCAAGAAAAAUGCUGCAAAUGGAAAUCAAUUUAAAGCCAAUACAAGCGUAUAAAUUUCAUUAUUUAUCAUCGCUACUAAAGGGAAGCUAUUAAUUAAUCACCAAAUUUUCCAAUAUCAAGAUGAAUUAACCUUGAUUCCAAUUAGUCCGUUCAUUUUGAUCAUUUUUUUACCUAUAUAUAUGAUGAUUAAUCAAUAUUUUCACCUAAAUGCGAGUAUAUUAACCACUGUUAAUCGUUUUCAUUGGCAAUGUUGGUUAUUUUGCAAAACCUGACCGUUUCUAUUGCUGUUUGAAAAAAAAAGAUAUUUUUGUUUUGUUUUUGUCUCUCCUUUUCUCGCUUAUGUCUUCUUAAAGAAACAACACAAAAAAAUAAGUUUAUCUGUGAUCUUCAAAUGUUGUCGCUUGUUUAUAUUUGGCAACAAGACGAAAAAGAAAAAGAAAAUGAAACAAAAACGAAUCAAGGCUUAUAACUCGAUGAGAAUAUAUUUAUAUUUACAUUAAAAAACACAGUCCAUCAACGAUCUGUAUGCCUUGGAUUAUAUUAAUGAAAAUGAAAAAUUUUAUGCAUUA